UGCUUCGGUUGUUAUAAUACACCAAAGUCCAAUGGACAGAGUAUCCUUCAGUCACCGGUAGUUUGAUUUAGGAACUAACAAGGUCAGCAUGACAGCUAGUGAUGCGGAUAUGAGGGAAUUGCAAUCAAGUGCACGGAAAGUCCUCACUUCCACUAAAGAUCCCCUGGAAAAACUUAAAUGUCAAUGUCUUUUAAGAGGAGCAAAUGGCAUCUUCGGGUUUGGAAGACAGUUUCGUAUCAUGGAUGAUGAUGGGAGCAAAUCCUUAUCUAAAGAAGAGUUCAAAAAAGGCUGUCAUGAUUUUGGAUGUAACCUUUCUCCUGAGGAUGUAGAUGAGCUUUUUAGAAAGCUAGAUAAGGACGGAAGUGGGACGAUAGUUUUUGAUGAGUUUUUGCGGGCAUUGAGACCUCCCUUAUCGAGUGCGCGUAUUGACGUUAUUAAAAAGGCGUUCACCAAGAUGGAUAAAACUGGGGACGGGAAGAUUACGACAGAUGAUUUACGUAACGUGUAUCAAGUUAAACAUGAUGCCAAGUACCAAUCUGGGAAGCUCACCGAAGAACAGGUCCUUAAAGAGUUUUUGAAAACUUUUGAAAGUGAUAAAUCUGUGGAUGGUGUUGUUACAUGGGAGGAAUUUUUGAACUACUACAGUGGUGUAAGUGCUUCCAUAGAUUCUGAUUCUUAUUUCCAAUUAAUGAUGUGGAAGGCAUACGGUUUGUAGCGUGGCCAUCCUUCAUACAAUUUUCAAUCUGAAUGCCAUGUUAAAACAACUUUUCUCGGCAACGUUUCCUAAAUAUCUAUCUGAUACAUAGAUGUCUUUAUUUUUACGAGUUAUAUUGUGUAAAACGGGAAUAUUACACGGAAGUAACAUUUCGAUUUUGUUUUUGUUUGAUAUUACUUUACUACUCCACUCAAAAAUUAACUUUCCACUGUUUGUUUCGUUAAAAAAGAUAUAUUGAUAUAACCUUUCACUUGCUUAAUACUUGUUUCCUCGAAUAAAAUUUUCCCUAAGGGC